GAUGUACAGAAUCAAAAAUUAAAGACAAGUGUAUGGUACCGUGAGGUUUGGAAUGAUGAGUUUUUAUCCUGGAACUCAAGCAUGUUUGAUGAAAUUAGAGAGAUUUCCCUACCUCUCAGCACCAUCUGGGCUCCUGAUAUCAUCAUUAAUGAGUUUGUGGACACUGAAAGAUCCCCCGACCUUCCCUAUGUUUAUGUGAACUCAUCUGGGACCAUUAAGAACUCUAAGCCCAUCCAGGUGGUCUCUGCAUGCAGUUUACAGACAUAUGCUUUUCCCUUUGAUAUCCAGAAUUGCAGUCUGACCUUCAGCAGCAUUCUGCACACAGUGGAAGAUAUAGACCUGGACCUCCUGAGCCACAGAGAAGACAUUACUCAUGACAAGAAGGUGUUUUUGAAUGACAGUGAGUGGGAACUCCUUUCCGUCUUCACAUACAACAUCCUGCAGAGCAGCGUUGGAGAUUUUGCACAGAUUCAGUUUAAUGUGGUGAUUCGCAGGUGCCCCCUAGCCUACGUCGUGAGCCUGCUGAUUCCCAGCAUUUUCCUAAUGCUUGUGGACCUGGGGAGCUUCUACCUGCCUCCCAACUGCUGUGCAAGGAUUGUGUUCAAGACCAAUGUGUUGGUGGGCUACACUGUCUUCAGGGUCAACAUGUCUGACGAGGUGCCAAGGAGCACAGGGAGCAUCUCUUUGAUUGGGGUUUUCUUCACAGUCUGUAUGGCCCUCUUGCUUCUCAGCUUGUCUAAGUCCAUUGUGCUGGUCAAAUUCCUCCAUGAUGAGCGAUGUAGUGGGAAGGAACAGCCCCUCUUGUGCCUUCGAGGAGACAUUGAUGGUGACGGGUCUAGAAUGGACUCCAGGGCCCAGUGUGCUGGGAUAACAGAGUUCCCAAUCUGUCAAGAGUACCAGUCCCAGUCAGGAACCCUGAAGGAAGUCUGGUUCCAGCUUCAAACCUUCAACAACCACCUCCGAACUCAGGACCAGAUGGACCAACAGGAAGUCGAGUGGCUAGAGCUCCUGUAUCGCUUUGAUCAACUGCUCUUCCGAAGCUACCUUGCCAUCCUGGGGCUCUACACCAUCACUCUGUGCUCUCUCUGGGCGCUGUGGAGUGGUUUAUGA